GUCGACCAGUUCGACAAGGAAACUACCAACCAACUACCACUCCACACAUGUGGUCGUUUUCGUAAUCUGCUCGCAAUUCACAUUCGAUAAAUGCUUCGAGCACUAAAAGAGACGCGUUUUAUCAAAAUUUUGUCUUCAUUUAAAGGAAAGCUACAGAAUAAAAUGUCUGCUGAAGUUGAAACCCUUGUAGAGCCUGUAUCAACGUUACAUGCAACCAAAAGACCUGCUACAGAAAAUGAAGACAGUGGAAUCUUAGCAAAGCAACAAAAAAUUGAAGAGUUUACAAAGGUGAAAAAACGUAACUAUGCUGUGUUACUCGCUUACCUAGGCAAGGAUUAUUUUGGAAUGCAAAGGAAUCCAGGCAUGAAAACUAUUGAAGAGGAUUUAAUUACGGCUCUCUUUAAGGCCCAUUUAAUAGGGCAGGAAGCGUUUGAUACAAUUCAAACCAUCCAUUUCCAGCGAGCUGCUCGAACUGACAAAGGCGUUUCUGCAACGAGACAAAUUGUUUCGCUCAAAAUGCCCGAAGGUGCCACAAAAGACAUUAUCAACGAGUAUUUACCCGACACUAUAAGAGUAUUUGGCCUCAAACGAGUGACGAAAGGUUUCAACAGCAAAAUUCAAUGUACAGCUAGGAGUUAUACUUAUACACUUCCAUCAUAUGCUUUUGCACCUGAUGAUCCAAACAUCCUCCGUCCACGAAAUGGUUGGCUGGAGGAAAUGGUACUCGAAGAACGAGAAAAAUCUUUAUCAAUGAUAGACGGAAAACCGUACACGGAUUAUCGAUUGAGUCCGGAAAUCCGGGAACGGGUUUCAAAUGUGUUAAAACUCUUUGAGGGCACUCACAAUUACCAUAAUUUUACGGCAAAAGUGAGGCCAUUGGACCCACGUGCAAAUCGUUACAUAAUGGAAUUCAAAUGUUCCGAACCUUGGGUCUCUCAGGGUAUGGAAUUCGUCACCCUUGAAAUCAAGGGACAAAGUUUUAUGCUUCAUCAAAUUAGAAAAAUGGUCGCACUCGCUAUUGGAAUCGUGAGAAAUCUAGUGACCGAAGAAACUCUCGAGGAAGCUUUUAAACCCGAAAAAAUGGAUAUACCAAUCGUACCGAGUUUAGGCUUGGUUCUUAAUCACGUUCACUACGAUCAUUAUAACAGGAGGUACGGAGGUGACGGCAUGCACGAAACUCUUGAAUGGACCGAAUGCGAUGAUGAUAUUAUGCAGUUUCACAAAAAAUAUAUUUUACGACACAUUGAAGAUACGGAGGUCAACGAAAAAUCAAUGCUCAUGUGGCUGGCAUCACUGGCUUUGCAUACUUACGGUACAAGGGACCAGCACAUAUCGGAAAGUCCACAGGUGUAGAAAUAUCUAUAUUGACGCAUCACGCUUUCAAAUUGAAAGAGAUCCAGCAUAUUAUGUUUAUUUAAGCACGAAUAUAUUUUACGUGUGAUCCAUUUCGAACAUCCGGAUCGGAGAAUGAUUUGUUUAUAUCUUUAACUCAUGUUUUGUAUGUUGAAAAAAUACAUUCAACUACGUCUAAA